CCCUAUCUCUCGGACUCUCGGUAUCGACGGAAAUCUCUCGACUCUCACUCUCGUAUCCACAGCCCUCCUACCGGCGACCACUGCGGCACAAUCUUCGUCGGCGACCACAGCGCACAGCGGCGAUUCUUCAUCGGCGACCGCACAGAGCACAACCUAUCUCCUCCUCCAACGAGUGCAAAGAAAUGGCGAUUAGUUACAUGAGAUCGUUCAAAACUGUCCCCUGUCCCAAAGAGAUAGCCAGAGUGAUUGGCUGCAGAACAUUUGCCGCCGGAGGAGGCAAAGCAAAGAAGGGCUCAAAAGGAGGCGGCGCGACAGAUGGCCCAAAAGUGUCCUCUCUGAGCAAGGAAGUGAAAUCAACAACAGUCGUUGGUGCUAAUAUCCUCAAGGAUGGAACAGACCCCAAGGUGUUGCCCGAUAAUGAGUACCCUGAGUGGCUAUGGCACUUGCUGGAUAAGAAGCCAGCACUCAGUGAGCUAAGAAGGAAAGACUUGGAGUCGCUUCCGUACGAGGAACUCAAACGCUUUGUCAAGUUGGAUAACCGAGCUAGGAUCAAGGAGAACAAUUCUCUCAAGGCCAAGAACUGAGUGUUGUCGAAAAACCAGUCCUUGUAGAAGAAGAACAGCUUGGCUUUGAGAGACUUUGCUUCAGCAACCACCUGGUAUGAUUAUCAUCAACUGGAAAAUGUCUCUCAUCCUUCAUUAUUUAAAGCAAAAUUUCUUUUGCAUGUGGAUGGUCUUACAUCUAUCUUGAGCUUUUUUAAAGGUGAUACAUUUUGAACUAGUUCCAACAUAAUCUUAUUUAU